AUGAAUGUGUUGCUCUCGCCACAACCGCCUCUCUUCCAACAUCCACACGAAGCCAACCGUAUUUCUCCGUCUCGCUCUUUGAGCCCAUUCCACAACAUGGCUAGCAGCCGCAAGCGCAAGGCCGACGAAGAUGGUGACGAGAUGUCCCUCUCACCUCGAAGCUCCCCAUCUGCAUCGUCGAGACAACUUGCCCGACCUUCGAAAAAGGUCCGCUCUAACGAACUUGUCGGUCGCCCGCUCACACUUCCCCGACUGCUUGAGACAUUGGAUCCUACCCAGCUGCGAACCGUUCUCGAACGAAUUUGCGAACGUCAUCCAGACAUUGGCCAAGAGGUCGUCAGCAGUGCUCCCCGUCCAACCGUCGAUGCUGCCCACGGCGUUCUGCAGGAGUAUCAGGAGAAGAUGAAGGCCGCUAUCCCUUACGGCGAGACUAGCCCCGAUUACACCUAUUACCGUGUCAAGGCGCCGUUGACCGCCCUUAUUGAUGCCCUUCUCGACUUCACCCCGCAAUAUCUUCCUCCCAACGAGACCCAAACCACCGUCUCGCUGCAAUAUUUGGAUGGCGCCACUAAGAUCAUCCAUCAACUCCCCGACUGGGAACCUCAGCAGUACCGUCACCACAAGGAAAACGCAUAUGACGAAAUUGCUAAGGCCUGGGCUCUGGUUAUCAACGAGGCGGCUAAGCGCGGUGGAGGUCUCAGCCUGCACACCGGCGGAUGGGACCAGGUCCUAGCGAAGCAUCACGAGAUCUCGGGUGGACGCAUGGGCACGGCAAUGAAUGCUAUGGCUGCGGGCGUAAGCUGGAUGGCCAACAACUCUUCCAAUGGACAGCCUGCAAACUCCGCCUCCGACCCGAAUUCGAUUCUCAACCAACUAAUGUCUGGAACCUAUGGCGCACCCGUACGGGUAGGACCUUGGUAA